AAGCCGCGCGCCAGUCGCGCUCUCGCCUCCGACCAUUUUGAAUGUUUUUUUUGGCUGUUUUUGUGUACUGUUUUUACUACGAUAGUUUCGAUAAGUGAUUAUAUAUAUAUUCGUUUCGUUGUUUAGUUUGCAGAUAAAAAACAGCGAUGAACCUCGAGUUACUCGAGUCGUUUGGGCAGAACUACCCCGAGGAAGCAGAUGGCACGCUGGACUGUAUCAGCAUGGCUCUGACCUGUACCUUUAACCGCUGGGGGACGCUCCUGGCUGUGGGCUGUAACGACGGACGCAUCGUCAUCUGGGACUUUCUCACACGCGGCAUCGCCAAGAUCAUCAGCGCACACAUUCACCCUGUCUGCUCCCUCUGUUGGAGUCGAGAUGGACACAAGCUGGUCAGUGCGUCCACAGAUAACAUCGUGUCUCAGUGGGACGUCCUGACCGGAGACUGUGAUCAGAGGUUCCGCUUCCCCUCCCCCAUCCUCAAAGUGCAGUACCACCCCAGAGACUCAGACAUGGUGCUGGUAUGUCCAAUGAAGUCGGCGCCGGUUCUCCUCACACUUUCAGACUCCAAACACGUGGUCUUGCCGGUGGAUGACGACUCGGACCUGAACGUGGUUGCGUCGUUCGACAGGAGGGGAGAGUUCAUUUACACAGGAAACGCCAAGGGCAAGAUUUUGGUGUUGAACACGAACACUCAGGACCUGGUGGCAUCGUUCAGAGUGACCACAGGAACCAGCAACUCCACUGCAAUCAAAUCCAUCGAGUUUGCACGCAAGGGCAGCUGUUUCCUGAUAAACACAGCAGAUCGCAUUAUCAGAGUGUAUGAUGGCAGAGAGAUUCUCACCUGUGGGAGAGACGGAGAACCAGAACCCAUGCAAAAACUACAGGACCUUGUCAACAGGACUCCAUGGAAGCGGUGUUGUUUCUCAGGUGAUGGUGAGUACAUCGUGGCAGGCUCGGCUCGGCAGCACGCUCUCUACAUCUGGGAGAAAAGCAUCGGGAACCUGGUGAAGAUCCUCCAUGGCACCCGAGGAGAGCUGCUGCUGGAUGUAGCGUGGCAUCCUGUGCGGCCCAUCAUCGCCUCCAUCUCCAGUGGUGUGGUCUCCAUCUGGGCCCAGAACCAAGUGGAGAACUGGAGCGCCUUCGCCCCCGACUUCAAAGAGCUGGACGAGAACGUGGAAUACGAGGAAAGAGAGUCUGAGUUCGACAUUGAGGAUGAGGACAAGAGUGAACCAGAACAGACAGGAGCAAAUGCUGCUGAGGAUGAGGAGGUGGAUGUGACUUCUGUUGACCCGAUCCCAGCCUUCUGCAGUAGUGAUGAGGAGCUGGAGGACUAUAAGGCACUCCUGUAUUUACCCAUCGCUCCUGAGGUUGAGGAUCCUGAGGAAAACCCAUUUGGCCCACCUCCUGAUGGUCAAGGCUCCACCCCUGAGGAUGGCUCCACCCACAACACAUCCACAGACAAGAAGCAGAGACAGUCGUCUGCCGACGGAGCUCCACCCAAAAAGAAAGCUCGGACCACAACCAUUGAACUGCAGGGAGUCCCGAGUGAUGAGGUGCACCCACUGUUGGGGGUGAAGGGAGACGGGAAGUCGAAGAAGAAGGCUGCCGGCCGUCCGAAGGGAUCGAAAGGUAAAGAGAAAGAUUCGGCGUUUAGACCCAAACUGUUCGACAGAGAGCGAGACAGAGGGGCGGAGUUGGACGGGGCGGGACUAAAGGGAGCCGUGGUCGCUUCAGCGUACAAGCCGCAUGAUGUUCAGGGUCUGGACUGAGAGUGGACGGGACCGAUGGUGUGAGCCUGCAGCGCCCCCUGUCUGUGUGGAGACCCAACAUGCUGUAAAAGACUGUAGAAGUGCUGAGUGUGGGAAAACAUUACACUUGCUUCUAACUGUUCCAGGAUCAGUGUGUGACAGACGGGACACGUUUCAUUCCCCAGAACACAGCGCUUCCUGCUGAUGGACAGAGAUGGAGAGAGAGAGAGAGAGAGAGAGAGAGAGAGAGAGAGACUGGACAUUACUCUAGACAUUUUUUUCUCUCAGCACUAGCUGUGUAGUCAUGUUGAUUAUUAUAUUCAUCUUUUUUUACAAACCACAGCCAUGUCCGUGUGUGUGUGUGUGUGUGUGUGUGUGUGUGUGUGUGUGUGUGUGUGAGACAGAGAGUUUGCAUGAGUUUGUUCCCGUUUUUUU